AUGGGUAAGUACCGCGGUGGCCCGCGUGCCUCCGGCGGCUGGGGCUCCGCCCCAGACCCUGGUUGCUCCUGCUUUGCAGGAGUUUUGCCGGGCCCGUCGACGAAACGACUCGAGCGCAGCGAGAGGAGCAACCAGGGUCUGGGGCGGAGCCCCAGCCGCCGGAGGCAGACCUCCCCUCCCCCUGACCCCGCAGAACUAACAGUACCCCAGGAAUUGAGAGUCGGUGACCAGUCUUUUGGUGCCACCAGUAUCCCGGAAGCAUCGUAUGUGGACCUGUUCCGGAGAGGAGGUGGUGAAGGGUACCAGCAUGUGGGGAAGGUGACGCAUCGGGUGACGGUGCGACGGUCAAAUAAUGAUAGUGCUAUGACGUCUAAACUGCGGAGCCAGAAUGACGUUUUGCAGAAGGAGAAGGAGUCGCAUCGCGCGAUCUUGCUCAGUGGAGUCGGGUCCGAUGUCAAGUCGAUGAAACGGCCAAAUUCGGCAGCCGGUAUUCGUCGUCCUAUGGGCGCUGGAGCUGGUUCGGGGUCGAGCUCGGGUCUGGGUAAUAGUCCAGCUUUGACUGGCACUUCGGCUGCUAAAGCUGCCGCUGCUGCUGUCACCGGUUCAAAUGGACCGAACGGUUCACGCAGUUUACCAGGAUCACCCUCUUCGUUUGGCACGGGCUCGGCGUCUCCUAAUUUCUCUGCAUACAACCCGUCUUCUUCGUCUUCUUCUUCUUCUUCAUUGUCUGCUUCGUCGACCUCUGCGACGUCGUUGUCGUCUUCUGCAUCUGCAUCUGCAUCUUCUUCGUCAUCGUCUGCGUCCAAAUCUUUGGCCAGUAUGACCACGUCCAAAAAACCGCUCUCGUCCAUGUCGCUGUUGUCGGGGACCAUGAGAGUGCUCCAUCUGCUUGCUCUCGGUCCAAAUACCGUAUCAGCUAUCUCGUCACGAACUCAUUUGCCGCUGGCUGAAGUAGAAGCUAUUCUUCACGAACAUGGUAAAGAAUCGGGCGGUUCUGGUGCUAAUACUCAGUACUGUCUGGCUGAUAACAGGUAUAAAGACCUUCGAGUAUGGGAAUGGAAACAUUACAGCACUGUUGAGCGAUCCAGAAUUAUUGCUAGUUCUAUCGAGGCCUUUGAUAGAUUACACUAUCCACCUGAUCACUCGGCCAGACGGAAUAUCAUAGACCCCAAACUGCGACCUCCUAAACCCGGUUCUGAUGCUUCUGCUGCCACCAGCACCAGCUCUACAACCACUGGUACUACAAGUACUAAUACUACUGGUACUGGUGGUUCAGGUAACUCGGGCUCAAAUGGAUCUGCUAGCACUGGCAGUUCUAGUUCUGUGCCUAAUGGUCGAGCAUCCACUCCUAUUUCCAGUUCCUCCUCGUCCAGCAGUCUGAAUGCUGUUGCUAAUGGUAGUCCUAUAGUUUAUGGCGACCCUGAAAAGAACCCAUCCAGCACAUCUACUGCUAAAAAAAUAGUAGGUGCUAUACUGAAAAGCAACGGUAAAGGGACCAAGAAACUUGUUUCAUCUGGAGCAAGCACACCACGAGCAGCAACCUCGUCUCCAUCUCCCACUCGAAACAAUAACCACAACAGCACCACCUCGAGCACCUCAUCGAGCAAGAAAAUUAAAUCUGCCGAAUAUGUUCGAGACUCUGACGAGGAGUCUGCAGACUAUGAAGUUAUAACUGGUACUGGCACCUCGUUUAACAGCGCUCAUAAUACACCUAGGUCUGGAACUCCUGUGAAUAACGUUUCAACACCCCGACCCACUUCAUCACCCAGUCUAAAAGUAGCAGCGAUGCACCACGCGAACACCAGCAGUCCUGGAACUAUUACAAAUGGAACAACGAGUUCUAAUGGCGCGCCUGUUAAACGCAAGGCCGCAGCCUCUGGAAUCUCGUCGUCCUCUUCUUCCGAUGCCAAAGUUCGCAAAGUCGCUCGUUCGUCCACACCCACCACAUCCAAGCUGCAGCAGCCAGCUUCCGAGGGUGACCUUUUCGAAUUGGCCCGCAAGUUCAGAGACACUUACUCCGAGUACGCCAAGCUCUACUCGGUGCUGUCCGCACGCGGCAAGCGACCCAAGUCCGACAUCCAGCGUCUGCUGUCCAUGCACCGCGAUCUCGAGUCCUGGAAACAGCUCCUGUGGGCGAGCUCCCCCAAAAUGAAAAAAACUUCUAUCUAA